UUUCAUAUUCAUUGUUUGUAACGAAUUAAACAAAGCAUUAGGAAUAGUUCACAUCGGACUUACAGACAGCAAAAUCAUGUGGUUCAAGUUAAUCAACUUAAUUAUUUUGGCAACAAAAUUUUCAGGGGGAGUUAACAUUCGGUUUGAAGGAAAAGAUCCUCUUUACGUUAAAGUUGGAGGAAACUUAACUUUAAAAUGGCGAUACACGGGAGAAAAGGAAAUGGCUCUUGCUCAAUUAAACGAAUUCAAUGAAAAAACAGGAAACAAAGAGAUUGAUGUAUUAUGGAUUUGGAUUCUCUAAUACAGCAACACCUGAAACUUCAGAAUUGGCAAAAAGCUAUUCAACUGAACUGCAUUGGAAAGGAAAUGUAUCAAACAAUUAUUUUGCCUUCAGUUUUAUUGGAGUGAAAGAAUUUAUGCACAAGAAAAAAGUCAUGCUUAAAUUACAAGACAAAAACAAUUCUGAAGAAGUAUCAUCACGAGAGGAACUAUAUAUAUCAGUUCCACCAAAAGUUCAGUUGAUUGUAAGCAAUACAACUCUCUCUGUUGGAGACCGUAUAACAAUAAAGUGCAAUCUUUCAAUUCAUGGAAGACCCAAAGCAAACAUUAUCUGGUAUCAUAAUGAAAAACAAAUUCUAGAAAAGAAUGGUACCUAUUUUUUUAACCAAGAUGAAGUAGAAAUAGAGAAUUCUGGUUCAUACCAAUGUCAUGCAAAAAAUUCUGUAGGAGAGGUUACUUCAGAUCUGAUAAGAAUAACAGUGACAGAUAAUCCAAUAAACAAAGAGAGAUCUAGUGGUGGUGGUCUGGAGGGUGGAGCUAUUGCUGGAAUUGUUGUUCCUAUAAUCGUUGUUAUAAUAGUCAUAGUUAUAAUUGUUUUUAUAAAAAAGAGGCAAAAAGCACCAAAAACUCCAAAACAGACUGCAAGCAAUGAUGAUACUAAAAUGCCAAUGAAUUCACCACCAAAGGAUCAAGUUUGGUUGUGAGUUGGAAUUUGACAGAUGUUUAUCCCUGAAAUUUGACAUGCAUUUUGCAUUCAUAAGUGCCACAAAUUGAUAAAGUCAGGAUUAAAUGUGUAUUUUUUUAAUUGUACAUAGUAAUUAAUUUAAAAAUUUUAGAAUAAUUUAUGUCUGGACACUGCCAUGCAUUUUCGUUAUUCUAGAAUAUUCAUGGUCAUUUUUCUUUCUUAUUUGUUCUUUGCUCAGCAUCUUUAAGUUGAUUGUAUAUUAUGCCAACAUAAAUACGACAUUACACACCAUACACCCAGGAAAUGUUUUUCAAUAGAGCUGUAGAGAUGUUUAAUAAAUAUUUUGAAGAGAA